UCACCUCAGCAGCUGGCUCAGUGUGGAGGGAGAGCGGAGCAGGGAGAGACGCUGCUGCACGACCCCGGUGGUGGAUACAAACCAGGAUGAUCCUCUUCUAAAAACUCGUCUUUUAAAAACGCAGAUCAACAGAAGCCGGGGGGGUGGACAGAGAGCUGCUGGCCGUCAGUCCAGUCGUCCGUGUGGCGGUGACCGGUCCGGCGGAGACAGAUGAGCCUGCUCUGUCUGUGCUGUCUGCAGGUUUGAGUCUUUGUUCGGCUGUGGCAUCUACCCUUCACCUCCAGCAUGGAGCACCCGGAGAAGGAGCACAGGUCGGACGACGAGGCGGAAUAUGAGGACGAGGAGGUGGACCCCAGAAUCCAGGGGGAGCUGGAGAAACUCAACCAGUCCACCGACGACAUCAACAGAUGUGAGACAGAGCUUGAGGAUGCAAGGCAGAAGUUCCGCUCCGUUCUGGUGGAGGCCACAGUGAAGCUGGAUGAACUGGUGAAGAAGAUUGGCAAAGCUGUUGAGGAGUCCAAGCCUUACUGGGAGGCCCGCAGGUUGGCCAGACAGGCCCAGCUGGAGGCCCAGAAGGCCACCCAGGACUUCCAGAGAGCCACCGAGGUUCUGAGGGCAGCAAAGGAGACCAUCUCCCUGGCUGAGCAGAGGCUCCUGGAGGAGGACAACCGGCAGUUUGACUCCGCCUGGCAGGAGAUGCUGAACCACGCCACCCAGCGGGUGAUGGAGGCGGAGCACAGCAAGACGAGAAGCGAGCUGGUGCACAAGGAGACGGCGGCGAAGUACACAGCAGCGAUCAGCCGCAUGAAACAGCUGGAGAAGAAACUCAAACGCACCAUCAACAAGUCCAAGCCCUACUUUGAGAUGAAGGCGAAGUACUAUCUGCAGCUGGAGAACCUGAAGAAGAACGUGGACGAGCGGCAGGCCAAGCUGUCUCAGGCCAAAGGCGAGUACAAGACGGCCCUGAGGAACCUGGAGAUGAUCUCAGACGAGAUCCACGAGCGACGGCGAAACUCCACCAUAGGCCCCCGGGGCAGGGGCGUGGGCGCAGAGGGCGACAGCGUGUCUGGGGAUGACAUCUCCAGCUUCAAAAUGGAGUCUGACGUAAUAUCCAUGGCAUCAGUGUGUUUCGAUGACGAGGCGUGCGGCGGUGGCGGCAGCAUCAUGUCUGAAGAAGACUCGGAGACCCGCUCCACCUGCAGCUUGGGUUCGUCUCCCAGCAGCCCUCAGGAUCUCACGUCGCCCUGCCCCUUCGCCAGCUCCUCGUCCUCCUCAUACACAUCCUCCUCUGCCUCUCCGUCGCCGACUCCCUCCUCCUCCUCCUCGUCCCCUGCUCCUCCCUCCAGGCCCUGCAGUCUGGAUCUUCCCAGCACAGUGUCGUUGUCUGACUUCAGCCUCAUCUCGCCGGUGCUCGGGCCUCGCAGCGAGUGUAGCGGAGCGUCAUCACCUGAAUGCGACUUGGAGAGAGGUGACCGGGCAGAGGGUGCAGAGGGGGAUCUGGACAACGCUCCCACCACAAACAACAACAACAGCUCCACAACCAGCACCAAGAAGCCCUUCAGCCUGGAAGCCCGCUUCAGCUUCCUGAACCUGCGACGCCCUCGCACCGACAACACCAAAAAAAUGGACAACUGCUCCCAAAAGGCUGAGCCCGGUCAGACCGGAGUCCUGCUCAAAGGAGUCUGAGGGACAAAAAGAGAACUUGUUAAGAGGGAUCCUGACUCUGCCUCGACUCACUCCCACCCAACGAUAAACUGCUGUUUAUAAGCUAGCUGCCACAACUACACUCCAUUCUCCAAACUCCACUAUGUUGAAACUGUGUUGGUGAAGGGUGACGGGGAAAAGGAUUCAAAAGUUCUGCAUUAUUUUUCAUGUCCUUUCUGACCCAGUAACAGCUGAAAAAGCUGCUGUCACAAAAAUGAACAUUUAUUAAUGUUAAAUGGCACUUAGCAUGUUGUCAUCCAUGCAGAGGUGAUGUUCCGCUUCAACGUCUAAAGAAUGUGGACAUGUUCAAUAAAUAACCACCUGCUGUACACUCCUGUAUUUGAUAUAUGACUAUGAUGUAUUUUCUCAAGUUGUGUCUGUGAAUUGUUCAGGUUUAGCUGCUGUGGACCCUCAGACGCUUAAGCUGUUUAUUUUCCAUGUUAGCUACUUAAAGUAUAAUUCUGGUUCAGUUGAGCUUUUGCCUCUCAUGCCUACUUUUUGCCACAGUGAUGAUUGUGUUUUAAAUUUAAGUCCCUCUGAUGCACAUUCAGCAAAGUUACUGAUAUUUAAACACAGUGUGUCCUUUGAAUUCAAAAACAGUUGUAUUACAGAUAAACAUACAAAUACAUAUAAAUAUCUGAAUGUGAUUAGGUAACACCUUACUUCAGAUGAGAAGCAGUGUUUCACUGUCCUCUCUGCUUUGAAAUGAAACUAUGUCACUUUGGUUUGUUGAAACAAAUGAAAAGUUAAAUUUAAGAGAAAUAAAACACACCUUUUAUUUAAUUCAGUACACUCUACUUUUUUCCUGCUACAACCUAUUGUGGUUGUUGGUUACAACCAGUAGGAUAGAGUUUACCUAUUUACUGUCAUUUCACUGAUAUAAUGAUUCUUCUCUUCGUGUGUUACUGUUACACUAGAUUUGAUCAUGUCACAGAAACUUCUCAGUGAUUUUCUCAAACAAAUGAAACACAGCAAGGAAUUACAUCUACCCUUAUUCUACAAUUGCCACUUGUGACCAAAGUGGCUGCUGUUCAGUUAAAGUUGACAUUUUCUGUUUUGACCUUCUAAAAUGUGAAGAUUUGUUUUAUAUCACUGUUUAUCUGGUCAUGGCACCUUGUUCAGAUGUUAUCAUUAUAUAGAUUACAUUUUAUGGAAAAGAGAAUUGAUCAGUUAAUCAUACAAAUAAUUUUUAUGUCUGAUAUCUGUCACAUGGUUUGUCACAUUCAGGGACAGAAUUUGGUUGGAAAAUGUGUAAACAAGACAGACUGCUCUCACAAAUACAAUAUGCAAUAUAAAAACUGUUCAAAUGUAAACUGUCAAAAGUGCUUUGUAUAAUUAUUUACCAUUUACCCUUACUCUGCUCAGUGUACUGGACAGUAACAUUUAAGAGCUAUGUAAAGAGGUAAUGUCCCUGUCCCUGAGGGCUCCAAACUGGAGUCUCUAUAUUUCCAACAACAAAAACAUCAACCAUAUUGAAAGACAAACCUAUACACGCUUCAGUAUUUGCCAAGACAUGACUCUGGAGCUCUGUGCUGCAUCUUGGGAUGGACACUUACUGUAAAACCAGGAGUUUUUGGAUGCAAAUAAAUGAAUGAAGAAGGCAGUUUUCAUG